UGCGCCGUUGCCGUCCUCAUGUCACGUGGUCACAACACUGAGAUUUUGCCGCGAAACUGCUCCACGGCUGACAAAGACGGAUGUGGUUCCUACUUUAGAUUGAAGGUUAUUACUUUGAGUGUUUCUGCAGUGUGUGUGUGUGUGUUUGUGUGUUGGUGUGUGUGCUGUCAAGAUGUUUUGUGAGAAAUCCAUCGAGUUAAUCAGAGAGCUUCACCGGAUGAGUGACGGUCAGCUACCUGCCUUUAACGAGGAUGGACUGCGGCAGGUUCUGCAGGAGAUGGAGGCCCUGUAUGAGCAGAACCAGACUGAUGUUAAUGAAGCGAAGGCGGAAGGUCGAGCUGAUUUGAUUCCCUCCAUCAAACUGCGUCACUGCUGCCUGCUGAGGAACCAACGCUGCAUCACAGCCUACCUGUACGACCGCCUGCUGAGGAUCCGAGCUCUGCGGUGGGAGUACGGCAGCGUUCUGCCGCCAAACGUUCGAUUCCACAUGUGUGCAGAGGAGGUGCAGUGGUUCGGGCAGUAUAAGAAGUCUCUGGCCUCCUUCAUGCGGUCUCUGGGAGGGGGUGAGGGUCUGGACAUCACUCAGGACAUGAAGCCUCCAAAGAGUCUCUACAUCGAGGUGAGGUGUUUAAAGGACCACGGAGAGUUUGAGAUCGAUGAUGGGACGGUGAUCCUGCUGAAGAAGAACAGUCAGCACUUCCUGCCGCGGUGGAAAUGUGAGCAGCUGAUUCGUCAGGGCGUCUUGGAGCACGUCAUGUCAUGAUGUCACAGCGUCUGAAGACACAGCAGAACUACACCGAGAAUAAAUGUCUGAUUCUUACUGCCUGGAAGCUUUAAAAUCCUGCUUCCUGUUGUCCCCUGAACACAACAUGUCCAAAAUAAAAGGUCUCUCUUUCUAAGAGUU